AUGACCUUGAUGGGGCUCAACAUCACGGACGCCACGUGCGACUACGGACUCGCGCAGACAGCAGCGGGCUGCGCGCGGGUGUUGGCGACCUACGACCCGAGCGUGUACCUGCACUUUCAGAUCGCCUACUGCGUCGUGGGCUCCGUGACGCUCAUCAUGAGCGCCGUCAUGUACUACCGAGCCGACAAGUACGACGGCUCGCCGCUGCAGCUGUCCACGUUCCUCUUCUGCUGCUACGCGGCACUGACGAUGAUCGUCCGGGGCGCAGAUCCCUCGAGCUACGGCCACAUCAUCCCGCGCCCUGUCGGGGCCUUCCUCUCGGACUCGUGCACAGCUGCGCUCUACUCUGUGUAUGUCAUUGCACUGGGCUACUGGGCGACCAUUAUCCAGCGGGGCGCCGCAGUGAUCCACAAGCCCGCACACCUCAAGUGCCUUGAGUCCGCGGUGAUCGCGUUCAUCUGGGCCUUUUACAUCGCCUACGACAUGUCCCUCUUCGCGUUCAAGGGCUUCAUCCCGCCGACCCUCAACUACAUUCAACUGAGCGUGGGUGCGAGUGUUCUGGCCCUGAUCGCCCUGACAUUCCUCAUCUACGGGCUGCGCGUGAUGACGCGCCUGCAGGAGUACGAGCGGCAGCUGAAGCGGCGGAUGCCCAGCUUCGAGUCGGACUACAACCUCUCGAACCACUCGUUCGACCUGAACGUGAGCGACAGCGAGGACGAGGCGCCGGCCGCGCAGGAGCGUCGGGUUGCUCCUCGUCGCCCUGCCGCAGGACACACGGCCAAGAUCAGGAGGAUCCUCCUCGUGGCCGAGGCGGUGUCCAUCGUCGUCAUCGCUGGCCAAGUGUACAUGGUCACGCAGAUCUCCUACUCACCGGUGGAGCUCGCGUGUGCCAACGGCAUGCUGUGCAGCACCGUCAAGCCCAAGUGGAGCUUGCUGCAUGUCUUCCAGGUGGUUGCCGUCUGGGCCAUUUUGUACGUCUUCCGCGACGUCCAGAAGAAGAGUGUCAUUCCACACGCGCGAGGCAGCACAGUAUACUAG